UUUUUUUUUUUACAGUACUUAACAUGGAUUUUCAAAAUCGAGUUGGCAGUAAGCACAGAGGAGGUGGUAUGGCUAGUGCCUCCGAAUCCAAUGUUGACCGUCGUGAACGACUUCGCAAAUUAGCCAUGGAAACUAUCGACAUUACUAAAGAUCCCUAUUUCAUGAAAAAUCACUUGGGCUCCUACGAAUGUAAAUUGUGUUUAACGUUACAUACAAGUGAAGGAUCCUAUUUGGCACACACACAGGGUAAAAAGCAUCAGACAAAUUUAGCCCGCCGUGCUGCUAAGGAAGCUCAAGAAUCCAACUUUGUUCAGCCUGUUGUGGGUCCAGCAAAGCCUAUUGUUCAACCAAGACGCAACAUCAUCAAGAUUGGUAGACCAGGCUAUCGAGUUACCAAAGUACGUGACCCUGUUACUCACCAACUAGGCUUUUUAUUCCAAGUACAAUAUCCACAGAUUGUAGAAGACGUCAAACCUCGUCAUCGUUUCAUGGGUGCUUAUGAACAAAAAGUUGAACAACCUAACAAUGCUUAUCAAUAUUUAGUUAUUGCCGCAGAACCUUAUGAAUCAAUUGCCUUCAAGAUUCAAAGUACAAAAGUUGAUGAAACACCAGGUAAAUUCUGGACGCAUUGGGAUCGUGAUUCAAAACAAUUUUCUUUACAGUUUUUCUUUAAAAAUGAAAAAAAUACAAUGUUUGAAGGUAUGGCGGCGCCUACUACGGCACCUCCUGUAGCCACCGCUUAAAAUAAUUCCUCUCUCUCUCUCUCUCUCUGUCUCUGUAUAUUUUACAAUAAUAAAUGUCUUUUUUUUUUAUUCUUUUUUUCUUUUCAAUAGUUAUUUUUUAAUAUAUUUAUUCUAUACAAUAAUAAAAAAUAUACAAUUUUUUUUUUAUUUUAUUUUUAUUUCUAAAGACGUCUGGCUUUUUUAGGUCUACAUCCUCCAAAAGGAAUAGGUGUAGCAUCUGUA